UAGCACGCUCCGCUAAGCUUGACGUAAUCGGCGGAGGAGCAGCGAGCACGGAGCCCGCUGCCACCUCAACAUGGAGUAGCGGCGCCCGACCGUUAGCUGCCGUACAGCGGAUCCCGGAGAGCGGAACCCCGGCCGUCCUGUUCGGCGCCUAACCGGACGGACCCGUCGCCGAUGACCCAGCGGGCGUUUUUUGCGAAAGUGUGAGCGAAGCUCCGGCUUUUAUUCGAAAGAUGGCGAACGACUCCCCAGCUAAAAGUCUGGUAGACAUAGACUUGGCUUCAUUGCGGGAUCCAGCCGGGAUAUUCGAGCUGGUGGAGGUGGUUGGAAAUGGAACCUAUGGACAGGUCUACAAGGGGCGACAUGUCAAGACUGGACAGCUGGCUGCCAUCAAAGUUAUGGAUGUCACUGAAGACGAGGAGGAGGAAAUCAAGCUGGAGAUCAAUAUGCUGAAGAAAUAUUCCCACCACAGAAACAUAGCCACCUAUUAUGGAGCUUUCAUCAAGAAGAGCCCGCCGGGUCACGAUGACCAGCUGUGGCUGGUCAUGGAGUUCUGUGGUGCCGGCUCCAUCACAGAUCUGGUGAAGAACACGAAGGGAAACCAGCUGAAGGAAGACUGGAUCGCCUACAUCUCCAGAGAGAUCCUCAGAGGCCUUGCUCACCUACACGCCCACCACGUGAUCCACCGUGACAUUAAAGGCCAGAACGUCCUGCUGACGGAGAACGCCGAAGUUAAACUGGUGGACUUCGGCGUGAGCGCCCAACUGGAUCGCACGGUCGGGAGGAGAAACACCUUCAUCGGGACUCCGUAUUGGAUGGCGCCUGAAGUCAUCGCUUGUGAUGAGAACCCAGAUGCAACAUAUGAUUACAGAAGCGAUCUGUGGUCCUGCGGCAUCACAGCCAUCGAAAUGGCCGAAGGAGCGCCGCCCCUCUGUGACAUGCACCCCAUGCGCGCGCUCUUCCUCAUUCCGAGAAACCCCCCUCCCCGGCUCAAAUCCAAAAAAUGGUCCAAGAAGUUCUUCAGCUUCAUCGAGAGCUGUCUGGUGAAGAACUACACGCAGCGGCCCCCCACGGACCAGCUGCUGAAGCACCCCUUCAUCCGAGACCAGCCCAACGAGAGGCAGGUGCGCAUCCAGCUGAAGGACCACAUCGACCGGACCAAGAAGAAGAGGGGCGAGAAAGAUGAGACGGAGUACGAGUACAGCGGCAGCGAGGAUGAGGAGGAGGAUCCCCCAGAGCAGGAAGGAGAACCCAGCUCCAUCAUCAACGCCACCGAGUCCACCCUGCGCCGCGACUUCAUCCGGCUGCAGCAGGAGAACAAGGAGCGCUCCGAGGCCCUGCGCCACCAGCAGCUCCUCCAGGAGCAGCAGCUGCGGGAGCAGGAGGAGUACAAGCGCCAACUGCUGGCAGAGAGGCAGAAGCGCAUCGAGCAGCAGAAGGAGCAGAGGAGGCGUCUGGAGGAGCAACAACGACGCGAGCGGGAAAUGAGGAGGCAGCAGGAGCGCGAGCAGCGGCGGCGCGAGCAAGAGGAGAAACGGCGAAUGGAAGAGAUGGACCGCAGGCGGAAAGAAGAAGAGGAGCGCAGACGCGCCGAAGACGAGAAGAGGAGGAACGAUCGGGAGCAGGAGUACAUCAGACGCCAGCUGGAGGAGGAGCAGCGACACCUGGAGAAGCUGCAGGAGCAGCUGCUGCGGGAGCAGGCCAUGCUGCUGCCAAACCAAUCCAGUCAAAUAAAGUCUGGUUUUAGGUCACAUGACUUGUCGGGCUAUUUUGUCCCCCCCCCACUUAUGGAUCAACCUCUGCAACAGGAGUACAAGUGGCGGGAGCUGGACGAGCAGCGCAAAGCCGAGAGACUGCAAAAGCGGCUGCAGCAGGAGCAGGUCUACCUGCUGUCCCUGCAGCACGAACCCAAGCAGCAUCCUGCUGACAGGACUGCCCCCUCCCCAGAGCCCAGCCAACCCCCCCAGGCCUUAACUCUGCCCCCGGCCUUUUUGCCAACCCCACGAGCUCAGGUCAUCGACGCCUUUUCUGUGGCCUCUGAGCCCUCCUCAGACAGGACAGAACCAGAGAAGACUGACGAGACCAGACAGGUUUCACCCUCCCAAACCCCUAUAAGCGAACCCCCCACCGAAAGUCUGGAGCCUGACAGGACGUCCGAGCCUGUCAGGCUUCCCAAUCAGCCUAUCAGAGAGGCGGAUGAACGCUACCGUAAGAACAUCCAGGGCUCCCCUCAGACCGCCCCUCCUCCCAAGCUGCCCCCCCUGCCACCCCGAUCCUCCGAACCCUUCUCCAAUGGCGGCUCCUCCUCCGAGGCCAUGCACCGACCCAUGGAGCCCCAGGUGCAGUGGUCACACCUGGCAGCUCUUAAGAGCAGCAACAGCGCCACCCCCUCUCCUCCUCCGCCUGUUGUCGCUCGCUCCCAGUCCUUCAGCGAAUCCGGUGGCGUGGCGUCUAACUUUGCACAGCUCCACCUGCGCUCCCAGGACCCCCACCAUCAACACCACCACCACCCAUCGCCCGCACGCACUGACCCCCACCCCCAACCUCCCCUCCACCACCCUCAGGCUCAGAAUAGGCUGGAACACCAGUCCAGCAGUGAAGAGGUUCCUCCCAAGGUACCAGUGAGGACAACAUCCAGGUCUCCGGUUCUGUCGCGGCGAGAGUCUCCUCUGCCAACGCAGCCCAACAACCAGAGGAACGCUGUCGGGAACUUGGAGCAGCGCCCUCUAUGGGACCGGGUGGAGAAGCUGCAGUCCCGACCCGGCAGUGGCAGCUCCUCCAAUUCCAGCUCUCAGGCCAGUCCCGGCGAGCGUUUCAGGCCUCGCUGUGAGUCCCCUGCUUCCUCUAAAUCCGAGGGACCGCCUCUUCAGCGGCCUGAAAAUCUCCCCAAAAAGCAAGAUGAGAAGAACCUGGCCAGGCCAACGCGACCCGCCGACCUGACGGCUCUGGCUAAAGAGCUACGAGCCGUGGAUGACGUGCGGCCCCCUCACAAGGUCACAGACUACUCCUCAUCGAGCGAGGACUCGGGGACCACAGACGAGGAAGACGAUGAGGAGGUGGACCAGGAGCCGGGGGACGAGUCCACGUCAGGGGCAGAGGACUCCAGAGCCGGGCGGCUCAGAAAUGGGGAGGCGGACUCCGCUAAGACCAUGCUGGUGGAGGACUCUGAGAGCGAGCAGACCACCACCCCCUCCAAAGACGGCACGCUGGUCAUCAGACAGAGCACAGCUGACAUAAAGCGGUUGGUCAUUGCCUCAUCACCCUCCUCCUCCUCACCGGGCUCUGGCCAUGGCCCCCCAGAGAAAAACGGCCGCAUGCACCACCUCCCCGACAUUAUCCAGCAGAGCCACCAUUCCCCCUCCCCCUCCACAGCAUCCUUCUCCUCCUCCGUCCUCCCCCCAUCAUAUAGCCAGACCUGUAUUGCCAUCUCCCCACAGACCUCCUUGACGGAGCUCAUAGCUGGAGAGUCGCAGUCAGAGAGCAACUCCAUGUCCAAACACAAGUCUUCCUCUUCGUUCACUCCUUUCAUCGACCCACGCCUCCUGCAGAUCUCCCCAUCGAGCGGCAGCGCCCUCAACAACAUGGCAGCUUUUGGACAAGAGGGACGGCCCGCCGACCCGCUGCGCUCUGACCCCUCCCGCAAAGGCUCGGUGGUCAACGUCAACCCGGUCAACACCCGUCCGCCGAGCGACACUCCCGAGAUCCGCAAGUACAAGAAGCGGUUCAACUCCGAGAUCCUGUGCGCGGCGCUCUGGGGGGUGAACCUGCUGGUGGGGACGGAAAGCGGGCUGAUGCUGCUGGACCGAAGCGGUCAGGGUAAGGUCUACCCGCUGAUCAAUCGGCGCCGCAUCCAGCAGAUGGACGUCCUGGAAGGACUCAACGUCCUGGUGACCAUAUCAGGUAAGAAGAACAAGCUGCGAGUGUACUACCUGUCGUGGCUCCGAAACAAGAUUUUGCACAACGACCCGGAGGUGGAGAAGAAGCAGGGCUGGGUCAACGUGGGCGACCUGGAGGGCUGCGUUCACUAUAAAGUCGUGAAGUACGAGAGGAUCAAGUUCCUGGUUCUGGCUUUGAAGAACGCGGUGGAGGUGUACGCCUGGGCGCCUAAACCCUACCACAAGUUCAUGGCCUUCAAGUCGUUCGGUGACCUGGUGCACAAACCUCUGCUGGUGGACCUAACUGUGGAGGAAGGCCAGAGGUUAAAGGUCAUCUACGGAUCCUGCUCAGGCUUCCACGCCGUGGACGUGGACUCGGGCGCCGUCUACGACAUCUACCUGCCCACACAUAUCCAGACCAGCAUCCAGUGCCACGCCAUCAUCAUCUUACCCAACACUGACGGCAUCGAGCUGCUGGUCUGCUACGAGGACGAGGGCGUCUACGUCAACACCUACGGACGCAUCACCAAGGACGUGGUGCUGCAGUGGGGAGAAAUGCCGACUUCCGUGGCCUACAUUAGGUCAAACCAGAUCAUGGGCUGGGGCGAGAAGGCCAUCGAGAUCCGUUCGGUGGAGACGGGGCACCUGGACGGCGUCUUCAUGCACAAGCGAGCCCAGAGACUCAAAUUCCUUUGUGAGAGAAACGACAAGGUCUUCUUCGCCUCCGUGCGAGCCGGAGGAGCCAGCCAGGUUUACUUCAUGACGCUGGGACGCUCCUCCCUCAUGAGCUGGUGAAGGACGAGCCGUCGCCAGAGAAACGCAGAAUGAAGACUUUGGAGGGAGGAGCUCCGCCUCCCACCACCUGCUCUGGCGAACAAACCAAUCCAGAAACGAAGCGAGGGGACGAGCGGCGGCCCUCCCACAAGCCUCCUCCUCCUUCUUACCCCCCAGCCUUGCUGCCCGACCUUCCUCCACCGAGGGCUGUGGUGUGUGUCUGUGUCAUCGUGAACCUUUGCGAAAGCGAGCGAAAAAGGCCGCCACGAAUACUUAGCGUGCCACAAAGCUGAUUAGCCCUGUUCAGGUGAAGGUUUCCAUGUUAAGCAUGUUCCAUCCGUUGGGUUUUCCUCUCUUUAAUGGUGCUUGACGUGUUCAAUCUGCCUCCUCGUCUUCACUUUUUUGCCUUCAUCUCCUUAAAGUGCAGACUUUUUUCUUAAGGGACCUUCUUGGUAGAUUUGUUUUUAUACAGGGUACCGGUUAUCAGCUACCAAUCUCUGCAGGUUUCUCCGGACUUUUUUUUUUUCUUUUUUACCACAUUGCCUCAAACUGCAGGUUCCGUUGGACACGCGUAGCCCGGUUUAUGACGACUUGACGCUUUGGCGUUAUGAAAAUUAGCCCCAUGUGAGGAUUUUUUUUUUAAAUACACUGUAUGUUUUGUAUGUGACUUGCGAUGCAGAGCCGUAAAGGAAAAAAAACCCACACCGUCAUCUGUAGCAGUUUUCUUUUUUUUUUAGCUCCGUUUUUAGUCUAAGAAUCAUGUUUGAUAGAAAUGUGGGUUUUUCCUUCAUGGGCACUUCCUGGUUUUUGGUGAAACUGUGAAGCAGACGUGCAGAACUUAGCGCUAAAGUAGCUGCAGGACGGGACGGGAAUUUAGUGGAGGCUUUAGCCGAACGUGUAGCUAAAGUUUGACUUUAAAAUCAGCCACGGGAUUCAAAGAUUUUGGACCUCUGUUCUUGUUUUGAUUGGGUUUUAGAAUGAACUUCAUCUGCAAAACCGGCUGUUAUUUUUCGUAUUUGUAUCGACACUUUUCGGAUGAGCGACGCGUGGACUCUUCACUGUCUGAGGGAGGACCUGCCGAGAGUCCCGGCAAACGGAUUAUCUGUGAAACGAAAGGAAAGGAUAGCGGCGUUCCGAUAGCAGUGUUACAGAGCCACUCGUUGGAAGGAAGCAGCCUGUUUUAAACAACAGUUUUUACCGCGUACCCUCUCUCAAGUAUGAGGCUGCAGUUUAUUAACCGUAGUGCACACCUUAUGUUGAAAAUGUUUACAGAACCAUUUGUUUCGUCAAACCCAAUAUGCGCCCAUAUAUGGAUAUUUAUGUUUUUUUUUCCAGUUUUGUAUUUUUCCCUUUUUGUACUAUCAUUUAGACGUUUGUGUACGGGGUUAAUCCACCUUUUUCUUCCACAUUUUAGAGUGUCAUUUCACUGAUUCUUCUAUCGUUCUGCACAGUGCGCCGCCGGUGCCGUGGGGAAAAAACUCCCCGCCGCCCCCAGGCGAAGCGCACCCCCUCAAACGUCUUUGCCAUGCUCUAAUUUAUGUCUUCUCUGUGUGUACUAUGGGAAUUGCUGUAUAUUCCUGAAGGUUUUUUGCCCCUCCCCAUGAAUAAAAUCAAAAGUAAUUUACAA